AUGAAACCUUUAAAACUCAAGAAUCUAUGUGAAAUGAAAGUUGGAACUUUAAGGGAUGCAUCAAGUUUAAUAAAGUCCGGCGAAUCUCUUGUUUACUCAUUCCAAUACCCACAAGCAUUGUAUUUAGGUUACAUACCAAAAGAAGCAGUUGUAAUAUGGAGAUAUCCAAAAACGGAAAAUCUUUAUAUACAAAAAUGUGGCUGGACUUACUUCACUUGGUCUCAUGCAACAGAAUUAGUAAUUUUGACAGGACUUGUUUCCCAUGUUUAUGAAAUUGGUUCACUCAAAGUCCGACUAACCUUUUACAUAUACGAUCCAAUGAAAUUUGCUUCAUCAUUACGCGCAUCUGAAUUAGAUGAAAAAUUUACUGAAUAUUUGGAAGCGAUGUUUAAAGAUAAAGGAAAUGACGACUUCUCUGAUCUUCAAAAUAUGCAUUAUAUUUCGAUAAAAUUCAUGGAUAUGAAUCGUCAAUUCCAAAAAUUCGGAGUUGCAGUUACUGCAAUAGAUCCACCAGGAUAUAAUGGAUUUUAA